CGUCAUCACAACGAGUUGUCUUUUUCUUGAUUUAUUUGUAAACAAUGACACUACAUCCGCUGUUAUCCGUGUUGGCUGCGCAAUAAACGACUAAACGAAAACACGACACGGCAAACGUAGUCCGACCGCCGCGUUCGCGUCUGAUGAGGGGAUUUGUUUGGAACGCGUCCAAAAUGGCGGUCUUUUAAACCGAAAGAUUGUUUAUUCUCGGCUAGUUGCACACACCGACAGGCAAAACAACAGCCCGGUUUUGUGGAGCUAUUUCAAACUGAUGGGAAACGGCUCAGAAACGGAAACGGUAGUGAAUUUUGCCGUAAAAAAAUCAGUGCUAAUUGCUACAAUUUUUACUUUAAUUGUAGCGCAUCGGGGGGGAAAAAAGUAGACGAGUGAGACGUCUUACUACAUUAGGUUUCUUAUCACGUGACAAUGACGCGUCCAAGUCCAGCCGGUCUCUGUCGCGUUGGCUAGUUUGACAGGCGGUUAAGCUAACAUGGCUAGCUAGCCGCAAUCGAAGCUACUUCCUCCUCCGGUUGGAGCUGGCCAAUGAAUCCGCUACCUCGAUGCGUCUCCUGCGGGGAGGAUGGCAGCCACACAAACGGUCUGGGGCGCUGAUCGUUUAGUCACGUAGUUUAUGGCUCAGCGGGUAGUUUGAGUGUUGUUUAGUGUCGUUAGCUAGUAGUGACAACCUAGCGGUUAGCCAGCGUUCUGUGCUGGGUCAGACGGCGGCAGCUUGUCCAUCUCUCUCCGGCCGCUACAGGAGGAUGCUGAAGCUGUUCGGUGUCCUGGUUAUCCUCGGACUGGCCUUGGCGUGCAUCACGUCCUGGGUGCUGGAUAGCUAUGACACGGCUUGGCACCCGAAACGGAGCGUUCGGCGGCCGGCUGGCUGGGAUGGGGACGACACCAAGGGCGACUCUCCCCCGUUUCCGGGGAAGACUCUGGAUAAUGUGUUCUGGUUUGUGCAGGUGUCCGACAUCCACAUCAGCCGCUUCCGCGACCCGAAACGCAUCCCUGACUUUGAAAAGUUCUGCACCGUCACCAUGGAGGUGAUAAAGCCGUCUCUCGUGCUUGUGACAGGGGAUCUGACAGACGCCAAGACGGAGAGCAAAGUGGGCUCCCUGCAGCACGAGGUGGAGUGGCAGGCCUACCACAACAUCCUCAAGAGGUCGCGCGUGAUGGAGCGCACCAGGUGGAUCGACAUCCGCGGCAAUCACGAUGCUUUCAACAUCAUGUCACUGGACAGCGUCAACAACUAUUACCGGAAAUACUCGGCCAAUCAGAAGGUGGGCUCCUUCCAUUACGUUCACACGACUCCCUUCGGAAGCUACUCCUUUGUGUGCGCAGAUGCCACCCUGACGCCAGGACCCAAGAGGCCGUAUAAUUUCUUCGGGAUUUUCAACCAGACUCAUAUGGACAAGCUGGACACGUACCGAGCCGAGAGUCUGAAAAGCAACCAGUCCAUCUGGUUCGGCCACUACACCACCUCCACCAUCGUUUCUCCAUCUCCGGGCGUGCGGGAGUUGAUGAGGUCCGCUAUCGCCUAUCUGUGCGGUCACCUGCACACCCUGGGUGGCUUAAUGCCCGUCCUCCACAGUCGGCACCCCAGCGGCACGCUGGAGCUGGAGCUCGGAGACUGGAUGGACAACCGCAGGUACAGGAUUCUGGCCUUUGACCACGACCUGCUGAGUUUCUCAGACCUGAGGUUUGAAGACUGGCCCGUGGUGCUCAUCACCAACCCCAAGGACGUGCAGUACCUCCAUCCUGGACUGGAACCAGUGGGCCGCAUACGGAAGUCCACGCAUAUCAGGAUUUUGGCCUUCUCCGAGGCGGCCAUCAUGGUGGUACACGUCAGCGUGGACGGGGAGCCUUUAGGGACAGGACAGCCUGCUGGAGGCCCCCUCUACGUGCUGCCCUGGGACCCGUCCAAAUACCUCACCGGGCUGCACACCAUCCGCGUCCAGGUGGAGGAUUCGUCGGGGCGGCGGAGCGUGCGGGAGCAUCACUUCACCCUGGGCGACGACGUGACCCCCAGCUUCGGCUUCGUGCAGUCCUUCAUCCUGCUCACGGAUCACUACGUGGUCGGGCGGGUGGCCUUUGUGCUCACCAUGCUGCUCAACGUCGGCGUGCUCCUGUCCUUCAGGUUCAUCCCCCUCCUGUCGCGCCGAGCUCUGUCCUCUCCCGUGUGCACGGCGCUGCGACUCGUCAGUAAGGCGGACGGCUUCUUCUACGCUCUGCUGCUCUUCAACCUCUGCACAGCCUUAGGACCGUGGUUCAUCGGGGAGCUGAUCGACGGCCACAGCGGUGCCUGCUUCGCCUUCGGGAUGGUCAUCGACGGCCACUUCCUGGAGGGCAGCCUGACGUUCGUGGUGGGGGUCAUUCAGCUGCUCUUCUUCAACAUGCCGCUCACCUUUUACCUGUGCUGGACCCUGCACCACCGUUACCACGGCAACACCUUCCGCUCCAUGCUCCUGCGACCGACGUGGCGCUGGCGAAACGCGGCCGUGCACCUGCUGAUGCUGCUGCUGCUCGCCUGGCAGGCGCACUCCUGCUACUUCCUGCUGGAGACCUACGGCCCCGUGGCCUUCUUCCUGUCGCCGGUGCGCACGUGGGCGCUGGGACUGGGCCUGAUGCUGGUGUACCGCGCCUGGACGUGCCCCGCCCCUUUCCAGGGUGUCAAGAGCGUGUCGCUGUCUUGACAGUAAGCCACACCCACACACACUCACACAUAUAUACAUAUAUAUAUAUAUAUAAAUAUAAUAUAUAUAUAUGUCACUCCCUCCAUAUGAUUUACUGGUCAUGCAUGUUUAAAGUGUAAAGCACCGGUCAGCACAUGUAACGUGUACACGUGUUUAAAAAAAACAACAAAAAAAAAAACUUUGGAUUGUUUACUUGAGCUUUAGCACUCCCC